CACACUCUCUACAGCGGAGCACAUUGUUCACAGUGUACUGUCUGCAAUAUCUGUUCCAGUCCAGAAAAUCUCGAAUUAAACGAUACCGGCUGGUUAGUGAUUGUUUUCGGGGUAUCAAAGGUGUGGAGAGAGGUUGCAGAGGAGUGAAGGAAUGACUGAAUAUAAACUGGUGGUGGUGGGAGCUGGAGGCGUGGGCAAGAGCGCUCUCACCAUCCAACUCAUCCAGAAUCAUUUUGUGGAUGAAUAUGACCCCACUAUAGAGGACUCGUACAGGAAGCAGGUGGUGAUUGACGGGGAGACAUGUCUACUGGACAUCUUGGACACUGCAGGUCAGGAGGAGUACAGUGCUAUGAGGGACCAGUACAUGAGGACAGGGGAGGGCUUCCUCUGUGUCUUUGCCAUCAAUAACACCAAGUCCUUUGAGGACAUCCAUCAAUACAGGGAACAAAUCAAACGGGUGAAGGAUUCAGAUGACGUGCCCAUGGUGCUUGUUGGUAACAAAUGUGACCUGCCAGCACGGACAGUGGACACACGGCAAGCACAGGAGCUCGCCCGAAGCUACGGCAUCCCCUUCAUUGAGACCUCCGCCAAAACCAGACAAGGUGUGGAGGACGCGUUUUAUACCCUUGUGCGAGAGAUCCGUCAACAUAAAAUGAGGAAGUUGAACCCUCCGGACGAGAGCGGACAGGACUGCAUGAGCUGCCGUUGUGUUGUGUCAUGAUCAAGCUGACUAGCAUGAGUUGGGAGAAUCUGACCCACUGUUCCUUACGGCAGACUGGACCAGAUUGGAAAGACUACCGUGUCAUCUGAAAGCGACUGUUGAUGAAAAGCAGGCAAAGCCAAUCAUUUGAAACUGGAAGGAGCCUUGAUUUGACCACCCGGGUGACCUCUCUGGAUGUUCAUGUCUGUCUGAUAAACACCACUAAUGACUUAAUCGUUUAUGUUCUUUAUUUGUAACCCCAGUGUGCUAAUACUGGGCGGCUCUGUGGAUUUCUGCUAAAUUAUUAUUCCUUGAAGUCUCAACACUGGUUUUAAUGGACUUCUCACGACCUCAACGUCAUACAACAAACCUUCCUCAGCUCAGAUUACAAGGACUGGACACUAGUGACCUCAUCCCAUGUCCCCUGACCCCCCUCAGCCACACCUCACGGAAAGCAUGUCCGGUUGGGCAGAAACUAUGUUCAAUAUUUUCUGGAGGAAGUCUCUCCUUUUUUAAGAGUUAGAGAUAUAGGUUUCAUUUCACAUUCAGGUAAUUUAACAACGUUUGUAUAUAAGUGCUUUGUUGAAUCAAAACGGGAGCAUUAUUUAUGUGUGAUGGUUUAUGUGUAUGUUACAAAAAUACUUUACUAAAUUAAAAACGCUGAAUGGAUUUUCAAUAAUAAAACUGUUGAGCUGUUUAAAGCCCCUAUUUUUUGUUUUGUAGUAAUGUCUGUGGGACAUUUAUGACAUUUGAACGAUAUUUGUGAGCAAAAAAGUGGGGCAUUAUGGGAAAAAGAAAAUGCCAUGCCUGUUUAAGGUAAAUACAGACAUCGAAAUAAGUACUAAAAUUCAGGGCUUAUUUGAAGUGAAAAAAUUAUUUGACCAAAAAUAAGUAGGAAACUGAUAGUGCGCCCCCUAGUGGUCUCCUUGGAAAGUCUCAGGUGACACAAUGCUGAAAAUGCUCAUAAAUGUGUGCUCUUCAUAUAUUACGUCAUUAUAAACCAUUGUGUUUACUACAGUGAAUUAAUGUGACCAGAUCCCUGCAGUAAGAGAAGUGAAGCUCUUCACUGUGACCAUAAGUAAUAAUUUAACAAAUGUUUUUUUCCAAAGCGAGGACAU